AUGGACUCAGAUUCAACAGAAAUGGCGAAUGAAAUCAAAAGCAAGGUAAUAUUGCAUUGGAAUUGUCGGGGUCUCGUGGAAUUUCCUGAAGCAAUGAGGAUUUAUGGGAACCAUAUUCAAGAAAUAUAUUUGAAAUGGAAUAAACUUGCAACAUUGCCUCCAUGGAUCAUAGAACUGUUCAAUGUCACCAAUUUGUACAUAUAUGGAAACUUAAUCAAAGAACUGCCUGUAGAACUUUGUCAAAUGAGUCAACUAACAGUUCUGGAUGUUAGUGCGAACAAACUAGAACAGAUACCUCCCUGCAUAGGAAAUUUAGUUAAUUUGAAAUCUUUAUUGUUAAAUGAAAACUUUAUAGAUAAAUUACCAGCUGAGAUGAAUCAGAUGCAUAAUUUGGAAGUUCUCUCUAUUUGUGGGAAUAAACUUAUUGCAUUACCAGAAUGGAUGGGUUCAUUGUCUAAACUGAAGGAAUUAAAGGCAGAUAAUAAUUGUUUGAAGGAAUUACCAAAUAGGCUUACUUUAUCACCAAACAUAUCAGUAAUUUCCGUGUGCUCUAACAGGCUAAGGUAUUUACCACUAAAUGGAUUUGUAUCAUCUCCUUGCAUUAGAUUUGAUGCGAAUGUACAUUUAAAUUAUUUGUCUUAUCCAGUUCUUUAUCAGUUAACUUCCCAAAUCCAAGACAUUAAUACACAUGAUCAAAGAAACAUUCUGGGUUAUGGAUGUUUCAAAACACAUUGUGAGAACGUAGUAUUACGUACAAAUAUAAAGUUAAACAUAAAAAUAAAUGCACUGCAUGAAGAAGAUACUGAUUUUGCAAUUGAAUUGCCUCGACAGCUUUUGAAAGUUCAUAAUAUCCAUGAAAACACUGUAGUCUCAUUGUGGGAGUUAGCUUUGAGGAAAGCUUACACUGAAAGGUAUAAGCAUACACUUUAUAUUUCAACAUCACCUAUAAAUAUAAAGGUUCACUAUGAACCAAUCACAACGAAUAAUCACCAAAAACUUGACUGUACAAUGUAUCCCAUAAACUAUCCUUCGUGUAACUUGUUGAUAAAUGGACCUGUUAGUAUCUGUGUACAUUCUCAGUGUCAACAGCCGAUAUUCACAGAAGCUUGGGUUAUUAUUGGUGUUAGCCACCAUAUAGAGUCUAUAACAACAGUUGCGCUAUGCUGCUGCAAGAGAUGCGCAUCUGAGUUUAUUAAAUACUCCAAUAUGAUAGUCAUUCACGACUGGUCUCGUGUAUAUUAACUAUAGUUACUUUAUUUAGUUGAUACUUCUGUAAAUAUAACGUAUAAAAACAAUGAAAGUUUAAUAUUUUUAAAUUAGAUUUAAAAUUUGUAAUCA